GAAGAAGAAGAGGAAGAAAUAGAAAACGAAGAAGGACAACACGAAAACAACAAAGAAAUGCUUUCGGAAAUAGUGUCGUUGUUUGCGUUUUCACAUUUAAAGCCAAUUACUGUAUCCGUUCAUACUUAAAGCUUUUUACAAUUCAAUGCCUGUUCAGGGGAUGAGGACCUUUUGAACAGUGACCCGCUUUCUUCAAUCAAUCGAAAGUUAGAUAACUUAUAUGUUUGUGAUUAGAUGGAUGGAUGAUAACAGAGGGAAGUCAUGGCUAUAGCGCACGCCGCCACAGAGUACGUGUUCUCGGAUUUCGUGUUGAAGGAGCCCGCGUCUGAGAACAAGUAUAAAGGCAUCAGGUUAGAGCUGGCUCUGGAUAAGAUGGUCACCUGUAUCGCGGUGGGUCUGCCUCUGCUUCUCAUCUCUCUAGCCUUCGCUCAGGAAGUGUCUGUCGGUACACAGAUUAGUUGUUUCCCCCCUACAAAGUUCUCGUGGCGUCAGGCUGGUUAUGUGGACUCGUACUGCUGGGCGGCAGUGCAAACGCAGGACACGGGAGGCCUGCCACUGUGGCUGCACAAGUUCUUUCCUUAUAUCCUGUUGCUGGUGGCAAUAUCAGUUUACAUGCCAGCGUUGUUUUGGCGGUUCACAGGAGCCCCUGUGCUUUCUUCUGAUCUGACCUUUAUAAUGGAAGAACUGGACCGUUCCUACAACAGAGCCAUUAAACUGGCCAAAUGCCUUCACACUGCAGGGAAGCAGGACUCGCAGUCAGGCCGUGUGGGCUCAUACAGCUCUGUGAUAGACGUUACCGAGAGCUGCUUUAAAUAUCCUCUGGUGGAACAAUACUUGAGGACCAAACGCUUCUCUCGAGGAUUACUGGUCCGAUACCUCCUCUGCCGCACCAUCACUUUCUUGGCCCUCAUAUUAGCCUGCAUCUACCUUUGCUAUUACAUCCGUCUCUCCAUCACAGAUGAGUUUCAAUGUGACAUUCGAUCUGGCGUGGUGAUCAACGACUCCUCGGUCCCUCCGGCCAUGCAGUGCAAGCUGGUUGCCGUGGGCGUCUUUCAGCUCCUGAGCUACAUAAAUCUGUGUGUGUAUUUGCUGCUGUUGCCCUUGUGCUUGUACGCCAUGUUGGUUCCAUUCAGGAGGAGCAUGGGGUUCUUGAAGCCUUACGAGAUGUUGCCCACAUUAGGGGUAAUGCAGUUUGGACAGGCGACCUGGGAUGAUCUUGCGUUAUACCUGCUGUUUCUGGAAGAGAACCUCAGUGAGCUGAAGAGUUAUAAGUGCCUGAAGGUGUUAGAGCUGUUAAAAGAAGGGGGAGACGAGUCUUUUGACACCAUGCUGCUGUUGCAGACACUGGGACAGGUAAAAACAGAUGUGGUGGACAGCAGAUUGCUAGAAAAGGACAGGAAAAUCUCCAGCACCAACAAUGGUGACACAGAGAUGAAAGAGAUUUCUCCACUGCUGCAGGGGGACUGCUUGAAAAAAGAUGAAGAUGAGAAGGUUGUGCGCCAGAGGGUGAUCUGAAU